CCCAGGGCGCAGGCGCGGCGCGGCUGGCCCCGCCCACUCCACGGCAGCCCUCCACGGCAGCCCUCCACGGCCGCCUCCGGACGUCGUUGCCGGAGACCAUGGAAGAAGAGGAGGAGGCGGAGGAGGAGGGAGGCUUCGUCCCCUCGGCCCUGGGGACCCGAGAACACUGGGACGCUGUAUAUGAAAGAGAAUUGCAGGCUUUUCAGGAAUGUGGAGAUUCAGGAGAAAUAUGGUUUGGAGAAGAAAGUAUGAACCGAUUAAUCAAGUGGAUGGAAAAAUGCAAGAUCCCACUGGAUGCUUCAGUGCUGGACAUUGGAACUGGAAAUGGGAUCUUUCUGGUUGAAUUGGCAAAAUUGGGAUACUCUGAUGUUACUGGAAUUGAUUACUCUCCUUUGGCAAUACAGCUUUCCAGAAGAAUAAUGGAAAAGGAAGGUUUACCUAACGUUAAGUUACAGGUGGAAGACUUUUUGAAUCCUUCCACCAAACUGUCUGGAUUUCAUAUUUGCAUUGACAAAGGAACCUUUGAUGCCAUAAGCCUGAAUCCUGACAGUGCAUCUGAGAAAAGGAGGCAGUAUGUGAAAUCUCUCUCCAGGGCAUUACAAGAUAAAGGCUUCUUUCUCAUCACUUCUUGUAACUGGACCAAAGAUGAGCUGCUAGAUGAGUUCAGUGAAGGAUUUGAAAUUCUGGAAGAGCUGCCAACACCCAUGUUUACCUUUGGAGGAAGAUCUGGAAACAGCGUAACAGCAUUGGUUUUCCAAAAAAAGUGAGGUCUUCAUCUGGACAAGUCAGAUUUUCCUUUUGAAAAGCCCGAAUGUCGGAUUCAUUCUGAGAGAGAGAGAGACAUGCGGGCAAAUCAUUCUUGAGUACAUGGCGAAAUAGAGGGCUGCAUAUACCAGAUGCUUGCAGUGGGGAAGUGAGAAAUCCUGGACCCGUAAGGGGCUGGUUUGGAGAGACUGACAGAGAAUUAUUUUGAAUAUAUUUUAUAUUUGAAAUGGACAUAUUUUCUUCUUUGACUAAAACAAAUCUCUAUAAUUGCUGAAUAAUUUAAAAUGUGAAGGCAGUAAAGUAACUAGUUUUAA